UUCGCUAGUGGCCUCUCAACGUAUGUGUGCUAGCCAAUGAGGAAGGACAAUGACACGUUGCGUAGUUAAUAUUCAUUUACUCAGCCAUGGGGGUUUUCCUCUCAUACACGCUUUCAGUUUCAGAUUUGGAUAUAAUCUGCAGGUUUCACGCGGAGUGCUGUCGUCUGUUUACCAGUUUUAAACUAUAAAACUUUAAAUAGAUGCCGACGACGAUAGUGAAAACUGAAUCCUGAUAUUAUAAAGCAGCGUUGCAGUUGUAUCUACUAACAAGUGCUGGAGAUGAAGGAUAAGAUGGCCGUUCCUCUGUUCGUCCUGUUGGCAUUGUGUGUGGACGUGUGCGCCGUGUUGUCCAUUGGUGCCAUCCAGCUGUCUCCGUCCUUCAUCAAUAACUCCUUCAUCCUGCUGUGGUUGGGUGGACUGAUCCGAACAUGUCUUCUGCUCUUCAUCUCCUUCUCCUACUCUGGCAGUCCGGCGUGGAUGAGAGGAUUGGAGGGUGUUCAAACGGCUGUAAUCCACGGUCUUCUCUAUCCAGUCUAUAUCUCCUUCCUCUGGGCGUAUGGCUGGUCUACUGUGGAGCUGGUGUGGGGUUGGCACUCUUGGCAAGGCCUUGUGCAGGGCUAUUUUGUGUUGGGUUUGUCUCUCUUAAUCUGGAAACGCCAUGUACCUACUAUCCUGCUGACUGCAAAAAAAGAGAGAACAGAAAAGAAGGGCAAGGCUUCUCUGCAAAGACUGCUGGGAUACAUGAAGCCUUUCAGUGGACGUUUUGCAGCCGUCUUCUUCUUUGUGGUCAUUUCUUCACUAGGUGAAAUGGCGAUUCCUCAUUACACUGGGAAAAUGACAGACUGGAUCAUGAAUGAAGACGAACCCGAGGCCUUUAACCACGCUAUCACUGUCAUGACCCUGAUGACCAUUAUGAGCGCUGUGUGUGAGUUUGUGUGUGACCUCAUCUACAACAUCACCAUGAGCCGAAUACACACGUCCAUCCAAGGACUCGUCUUCCAGGCUGUACUAAAACAGGAUAUUGCGUUCUUCGAUAAAGCUACCACAGGGGACAUCGUGUCUCGCAUCACCACCGACACAAACACCAUGAGUGAGUCUCUGAGUGAGAAGCUGAGUCUGCUGAUGUGGUACUUCAUGCGGGUCAUUUUCCUCUUCGGCUCCAUGUUAAUGCUCUCCACCAGACUCUGCUGCUUCACUCUGCUCGGCCUGCCCGUCAUCUGGAUCAUCCCGGAAAUUUUUGGACGGUUUUACCAGAAACUUUCGGCACAAGUGCAAGAUUCUUUGGCCAAGGCGAAUGAAGUGGCUACAGAAACCUUUUCUUCCAUGAAAACAGUGAGGAGCUUUGCUAAUGAGGAUGGAGAAACUGAGAGAUACAGAAAAUGCUUGGAGGACACGUUUGCACUGAACAAAGUGGAAGCCGCUGCUUAUGCUGUAUCAACAUGGACCAAUAGUAUGUCCAGUCUGGCUUUGAAGGUCAGUAUUUUAUACUACGGAGGACGGCUUGUGACAGGAAGUGAUGUCAGCAGUGGUGAUCUGGUGUCCUUUGUCCUCUACGAGCUUCAGUUCACAUCAGCUGUGGAGGUUCUGAUGUCUUACUGGCCACAUGUAAAGAAAGCAGUCGGAGCUUCAGAAAAGAUCUUUGAGUAUGUGGACAGAAAGCCUGAUGUUCCUCCAGAUGGAUCACUCGCUCCGAAGACUCUAAAAGGACACGUGCAGUUCAGAAAUGUCACAUUUGCUUAUCCAAAGCGUCCGGACACAGAUGUGCUGAAGAACGUUUCUCUUGAGCUGAAAGCGGGCAAGAUCACAGCACUCGUGGGUCCAUCGGGUUCUGGAAAAACCACAGUUGUGAGUUUGCUGGAGAGAUUUUACCAGCCUCAAAACGGAGAGAUUUUAUUGGACCAGAAGCCACUGCUGAGCUAUAAGGACCAAUAUCUGCACGAGAAGAUUAGUGUGGUUUCACAGGAGCCGGUUCUGUUUGCUCGCUCAGUGCGUGAAAACAUCAAAUACGGCAAAGAAAACGCCACAAAUGAAGAAAUAUAUGCUGCUGCCAGGCUGGCCAAUGCACAUGACUUCAUUUCCAGUUUACCUAAAGGAUACGAUACUGAUGCUGGAGAGAAGGGCGGUCAGGUGUCUGGAGGUCAGAAACAGCGAAUCGCCAUUGCCAGAGCUCUGAUCCAGAAACCCCAGAUUCUGGUGCUUGAUGAUGCCACCAGUUCACUGGACACUGAGAGUGAACACCGGGUGUACAGCGCUCUGAAGAAGGAGCUGCAGAGCUGCACGGUUCUGCUCAUCUCCCACAGACUGAGCGGAGUGGAAAACGCAGACCACAUCCUCUUCCUCCGGGAAGGAGAGCUGGUGGAGGAGGGAAACCAUCAGCAGCUGCUGGACAAACAGGGAUUCUACGCUGAGUUCGUCAAACAGCAGAACACAGCCAUCCAUCGCAAUGCAGACAACGGUACAAACAGCAGCCAGUGAUGAACAUCUGCAAUCAGUCUCUGCUGUCCUGAAAUCACAUCACACUGUUUAUUCGCCAUUAGUAUAUACAAUUGAAGUCAGAAUUAACAGCUCUCCUGUAUAUUUUUCCCUAUUUUCUGUUUAACGGAAAGAAGAUAUUUGCAACCCAUUUCUAAACAUAAUAAACAUAAUUUACAUAACUCA